AUGAUGGCCAACACUUUACUUGCCCUCCCAGCCGAGUACGCUCGCGGCCUCGAGCUCAUUGAUGCUGCUCAUGCCGAAGACACCAGAACAGUUCGAGGCCCUGAUGGAACAACAAUUCCGUAUGAGCUUGACUACGCCCAGAAGAUGACCAAGUGGCUCGCCCGUCGAUGCCCGGAUGCAAGCCCCGUUCUCCAACUUGCUUGUCGAGCCCAGCACUUCCGGAGGUGGGAGAUACCCCGAAGCAGCUAUCCUAUGACUCGUCCGGGAUACUUGACUUGGCGGGCAAAGCUCAAGGCUCAAGCCGCUGCUCAAGUCGCCGAACUACUGGCCUCCCCAGAGAUUCAGCCCUCGAUCCCUGAGGAGGACCGCCAGCGAGUAGCUGCUCUGAUUCGCAAGGAGAACAUCAAGGCGGACGAAGAAACUCAAGUACUCGAAGACACCGCAUGUUUGGUCUUCCUUGACGACCAGUUUGACGACUUCGAAAGUAAGUCGGAUCUUGACGAAGCAAAGACGAUAGGUAUCCUUCAAAAGACGUGGGUAAAGAUGGGAGAAAGGGGGCGGCAGCUAGCUCUUGAGAUGAACCACAGUGAACGAGCCCAAGAGCUGUUAGGAAAAGCACUUGCAGGUUAA